AUGGAUAGGGAUGUCAUGGCUGCUGCUUCAGCCGCGCAGGCCACCACUCGCACACCGUUCGAUGAUGAUGACGAGUACAUGGGCGGUAUGGACAAUGCCGCAGGGGGUCCGUUCCACACACCUGGCGAAGGCAGUGGGUCAAAUGGCGCAUCGAUCGAUGGCAAUGGUGGAAAUGUCAUGCAUCCUUACUACUCAACAGCGUUCAACCAGUCUGGCUACCAUCAGCCUGAGCACUACCUGAACAUGGUCGAUGACCCAUAUGCGAGCUCUUUGAAUGGAAGUGGCAACGCCGGCGCUGGUCCUGCCCUGGGCAUGGGAGGAUUGGCUGCACCUGCAACGCAAUACUACUCGCCGCAUCGUGGCCCCAGCAUGUCGAGCGACUCACAGCGCGGUUACUAUGAAAGUGUGCCAACCGAUUUGGGCUACAACAACAACAAUACCAACGAAUACAACUUCAUUCAACGUCCGUCUUUCGAUUCCGUGCCGUAUGGCGCAGGAUCGUCGGCAGCUGCUUAUGCAGCUGCCCCACAGGAUCCUUUCCGUGAUUCAUCAGAGCCAGACUCGACUCGCGUAAUGCCUACCUUGCCAAGCAUGGGGGGCAUAUCUGGCGGUUCUGGACGUGUCUCCUCUGCAUCAGAAUACGAGCCCGCGCACAGCACGAUGGGUCACCAGCAACCUGUGUCGCUUCCAAACAUGCCUCAGAACUCUGUUCAACCCACUGCAUUGCACAACAUGAGUAACAGUAACUACAAUCAUAAUCUAAUGGACACUCAACAUGUUGGUGGAGUGCCAAACGACCAAAAUAGUGGCGUAUGGCCCCCAUACGUUUCGGGCGCUGCGCCUGUGUCGUACAAUGCGCCAUCCGCAUCUACAUCCGCAUUUUCGACAGAAAACGGCAUGGUCAAUCAGUCCGCCGUUGCUGAUCGAGCACCGGCGUACGAUCCGGGCGACAACCCACCUCAUGUAUCUGAUUCAAAGCAGAUACCAGUGUCUAUGCCAAGAGAAGGAAGCUCUGAUAAUGCUGUAACUCAAUUCCCGCCAGAACGUGCUAAUGGGGUUGUCCAAGCGUUUGGUGGUGACAAUGAGGGCCAGAGUGCAUUCGACCAUGGAGAUUGGGACCCGCCUGCGCUCUCGAGUGCCUGGUUCCCAACGUCAGUUGGUGACCAGCCUGGCAUGUUGCAGGGCUUGCACACUCAGCAACAAGGCCCGAUCAACUUUUCUGAUCGUGACGUGCCGACGCCACGAGCAAGUGCGCAAAAUCUCAUGGUUCGGAACCCGUCGCCUGAAGACCAUAUUUAA